CACCGUGAGUCAGAUGAAGUCUAUAUCCUUUAGAGAGGUGAAGGCAUUUGUAAACUGAGGCAGUUGAGCUUAAGCAAGGAUAAGGGUGAUAAAGACGGGCGAGGAGAAGGGACUCCUCACACACUUUUGUAUUAGAGCCAGGCAAGGAUGAAGGGUUAGAAAUAAAGCAGUUCAGCCCACAUUCAGGUGAAACAGGAAAAUGACCUCCAGCCUCAACUUUCUACCUUUACACAGAUUGCAUCAAGUCUUGAAGUCAGUCUGGGAGAAAAGCUCUCAGUGCUGGCCAGGUUCGGUGACAGAAGGAGUGCUUUCCAGAGGAUGGCUGCGCCGGUUCUUGCUGCUGAAGCUGGUGACAGUGCUGCUGUUCCCCCAUGGAGCUGGCUUUCCCCUGCUGGUGGGAUGUAUGUUCAGCCUGAGGGCUUUUCUGCUACUGCACUCCCCUCAAAUCUCCACCAAGCCCUCCACCGUUCUCCUGGGACAACUGGCUCUGACAGAUACUCUCGUACUGCUGCAAUGGGUGCUUCGGCUGGCAGCAACAGUGGGCUGGUGGAUGGAGGAGGCGAGCUACGAGGAGGCACGAUCACUUUGGCACAAGGAAGCUGUGAACGUGCUCUGUCAGCAACUGCUUGACACUCACCACCUGGCAUCUCUGCUCCUGCUGGGUCUACUGGGACUGGAGGCCACGCUGGUGUCACGCUGGCCUCAGCAGACUCGGAGAUUCAGGACUUCACACUGGGCACAGCUCACCUGUGGUCUGAUCUGGAUACUUGUGCUGCUAGAACUUGUGUCUUUGCUUGACUCAAGACUAUUGCAGGAUUUGAGUCCUCCAACUCACCCUCCCACUCUGCAAAACACUCACACUUCCUCCCUGGGCUUGGUGCUUCCUCCCUCCCUGCCUGGUCACUCAGUCUUCCUGAGGAGAACAUUAUGGCUGGUGAAUUCGUGGUUGCACUAUGCUGUCUUCAAUACUAAACCACACAAGAAGAACACCCUGUUUCAUUAAAAGUCUAUGAGAGAACAUGCAACUGUACUGUAUAUACUCUAUAUUUUAUAAUAUUUCUAUUUAUUACAUAAUAAAUUGUAUGUAAAUGCUC